UGGUCUCGCCCGCUCUGCAAUGACGUCAUGGAGGCGGUAUCUCUGCCCUCCCCUCUUUUGAUUGGUUGCUAGGGGCGUGCCGGAAGCGCUGAUUGGUUGGCAGGGUAGAGGCGGUGGCGAUGGCUCGGGGAGGGAACGGGCGGUGCUGAUUGGUCGGUGGGGGCUGCGUUGGAGGCGCUGAUUGGUUAGGGCGGAGUGGGCGGGGCUUUGGACGCGGAAGUGGCGAGCGGAAACCUCCCGGCGCUCCCAGUAAGGCCCAGCUCGAUCCCAGUUUGUCCCAGUAAGGCCCAGCUCGGUCCCAGCGCUCUCAGGAGCGCUCCCAGUUCAUCCCAGUCCCUCCCAGUUCAUCCCAGUUUGUCCCAGUCCCUCCCAGUUCGUCCCAGUCCCUCCCAGUCUCGCCCAGUUCAAUCCCUGCGCCGAAGUCUCGCGAGAUUUCCGCGUCCUGUGGAAGCGGUAGCGCCGGAGCCGCGAUGAACCUGGAGCGCGUGUCCAAUGAGGAGAAGCUGCAGCUGUGCCGGAAAUACUACCUGGGGGGGUUCCUGCUGCUGCCGUUUCUGUGGUUGGUGAACGUGGUUUGGUUUUUCCGCCCGGCGUUCCUGGCGCCGCCCUUCGGGGAACAGCCCAGGAUCAAAACCUACGUGCUGCGCUCGGCGCUGGGGGCGGGGCUCUGGGGGCUGGGCCUGGGCCUGUGGGUGGGGCUGUUCCAGACGCGCCGCGGCCAAUGGGGAGCCCUGGGCGACGCCCUCAGCUUCACCCAGCCAAUGGGAGAGCCCUGAGCCCCGGCGGCAGCCAAUGGCGGCGCAGCAAGCGAUGACGUCACCCCGAUCCCAUCGGAGCCCCGCCCCUUUUCCCCAAUAAAGGCAUUGACCACGCCCACACCCAAA